AGAAUGACAUUUGUUCAUGCCGGCAGCAAGCCCAGCCAGUUGGCAGGGGCCCUUCUGCAAUAAAAUAUUAAUAAUAAUGAAAAAACAGCCUUUUUAUCAUCUGAGGUAUUUGUAGCAGAUUCUCUGAGUAACUUUCUUCACUCCCUUAUUCAUUCAUGUUGUGUGGAAUAUAUUGGAUUCCAUCUUCUCACAGCCCUGUGGGGAGACAUUGUGAUGGCUUCCCUCCAGCAAGCCUUGGCAGUCUCCAGCUAUACACUGUUAUUUGAUUAAGGAUUUGGCGUGGAAGCUAAGUCGUCAUCAGAGAAGCCAUGAAAAGAAGUGGCUGCUGGCACCAGAGGAUGCUGCUCUCCCUCGUACUUUUGAUUUGGACACAUGUUACUUUUUCAGCGCUUAUCAGAUCACAUAACUUUUCUCGAUGGCCUAAGCCUCCAUGCAAAAUGUAUUACCCAAUAGACCCUGAUUAUGAAGCUAACUGUCCAGAUGUGAAAGCAUAUGUUUGUGCUACCAAUGGCUUGACCUACAAGAACGAGUGUUUCUUUUGCAUUGACCGGUGGGAGUUUGGACCUCACAUCCAGUUUGUCAAAUAUGGAAAGUGUGAAUAGUGGUUCCCGAACACCUUCGUUUGCUUACUCCUUUCAUUACUUCAUUCUGGGGAUUAUUUCUUUGGGAAUUUGAGGCGUUUGAUUUGCCAAUUUUUUCACCUCUGUGCCAUACCCAAAUUUCCAGCCAAAUGGAAAACAAAAGAGUUGAAAAAUGAGAAAAAGGUCAUAUUUGUUGCAAAUAAACAUCUGAAU